GGACUGUUUGUGAGUGCUAUAAUAGUGGACUUGUCUUAAACAAUUGGGCCAUUUUGUUGGGCUAAUACUUCCAGUAGUUCGUCGGAAACAGUUUUCUUCCGUCACCGUGGCUUCAUGUAGCACAGUAGCAGUAGCAGCCAUCUCGAUUCCGUUCAUUCGACUACUAGAUUCCUUCUUCAGAUGGCAGGUGGUAGUAAGUUUGGAUUAUUGUUAGCAGGAGCGGUGGCGGUCGGAGCAGCUGCGGCAGUGUUGAAGAUCAAAGGACCAUCGGUAUGGGACAAAGACGCAGUCGUCGAACUCUUCAGACACAUGUCCGAUCGAUUGGGUAAUUGGGCGAUUCCAGUCUAUGUCGGGAUCCACACCAUCUCCCUCUCUCUAUGUCUUCCCUACGCUGUCUUCUUCGAAGCUGGUGCUUCUCUCCUCUUCGGAUUCUUUCCAGCCUUGCUAUGUGUCUUCUCCGCCAAAGUUAUGGGUGCUUCCCUCUCCUUCUGGAUCGGAAGGAUUCUUUUUAGGCGCUCUAGUUCGGCAGUAGCGUGGGCCCAUGGAAACAAAUAUUUUCAUGUGCUGUUAAGGGGAGUGGAACGUGAUGGUUGGAAGUUUGUUCUUCUUGCCCGAUUUUCCCCCAUUCCAUCAUAUGUCAUUAAUUACGCAUUAGCCGCCACAAAUGUCCAAUUUUUAAGGGAUUUUCUAGCGCCAACCGUCCUAGGGUGCCUACCCAUGAUCUUACAAAACACAUCCAUCGGUAGCCUUGCUGGCGCAGCCGUGGCGUCCACGUCAGCAUCCCAAUCUGACAAGUCAAAGAUCUGGUCGUACGUGUUCCCAAUGCUUGGUAUUUCAUCUAGCAUUCUCAUCUCCUUGAGAAUCAAAAAGUACUCUUCAAGUAUAUCGCUUGAUGUUAAACCUGAGGAGAAGACCAGAUGACAAAUCAAACCAAAUGUUAGGUGAGUGGGGGUGAUAUGUGAACUUUUUAUUAACAGACGCUGAUCUUGUAUGUUAUUGGAAAGAAUUAAGUAAUUAAUGGUAUUUAGUUUUUUAUAUUAUUGUAAUUGAGAGUGAAUUUAGGGAAAUUUUAAUGAAAAAGUAAAGAGGUGAGUGGGUGGGUGUCGGUAAGCGGAGCAGAAGAAGUUAAAAAACUGGGAUUUGAUUGGAGAUACCCAGACAGACACAGAAAAGGCAAAAUCAUGUUACCUAGGUCGGGGUGCAUGAAUCUAGAAAUAAAACAAUACUUUCUUUUCUUACCUAUUUCUUGGCGGG